AAAACUAAAGCUCAUAAGAACCAUCAAACUCUUCCGUUCCUUGCAUUUAUUCUUUUCUUUAAUUUCUCAUACUAUCGUAGUCGGGACUCUCAGAAACCAAUCAAUGGCGUCGGAAGAGAAUGGCACGUGCGACCCGUGCAAGACUUUUGGGCAAAAGUGCAGUCAUGUCGUGAAGAAACAAAGAGCCAAGUUUUAUAUUCUUCGCCGUUGUAUCGCCAUGUUAAUCUGCUGGCGCGACCAAAACCGCGACCGCGACGACUCUUAA